AUGACAUUCUCGAUCCUAAUGCAAUAUCCGUGCAAAACACAGCCACAGAUAUACGUGAGUGUGAUUGCAAUCGCAAAACGACGCAGGAAAAAUGAGUGGAAAACUCGGAAAAGCUCCGCACAGCCCUUGGGUAUGGGCGGGGCGAGGCAACGCGGCGCGGGAUGGGGGCACGAGGGCGGCGGGGGAGCGCGGGGUCUCACUCGCCAGUGUGACGCGGGGCGCCGCGCCGGCCGCACGCGAUAUGCGCGCCCUCUAGCGUAUUAUGUUCCUCCCCGACCUCCCGCGAGCCUGCAUGGUGGACGACGUAGCGACGUACCUGCAAGCGCCCUCCUCGGGACAGGUGGCUACAAUAUAUUAACAACAACCCAUAUGUAA